AUGCUAGCAAAAUGGGUCGAAGAGGUCCUACGGCGACAUACAAAACGAGGGCUAAGAAGAAUGAAGCUCGACGGCUCCGUUAUCAGCGGCGAAAGCGAGGUCCACUGCCGUCCCGGAAGUCAUCAGUUCCGGGAAGUCCACGAACGCUUGGGGCCUACCCCUGAGCGUGCUGUUGCUCCAGAUACACUUGAUGCAGGGUCUAUACCAGAGCCACAACUCACACUAGAAGGCUCGCUUCCUUCAUCCGACGAUAAUGAUUUCUCCCUAGAUGAUCCUAGUCUAUUCAAUUCUAAGGGCGGAAAUACUCCGCAGCAGGAGGAGGUAACUAUCAACUACAACCCGUCUGCUGAAGCGAUUCUAGACAAUGAUGAGCCUACUAAAGGCACAAUCUCCGCCAAUGACCACGAACCGCUUCUAUUCGACAAUCCCGAUAUUUCAGCCGAUUCAAGCAUAGAUGACUUAACAGACAGCGUAUAUGGAUUAGGAGAGAGCGACGUUGACUAUCUAUAG